AUGCAGCUGGAUGAAGAGGAGUUUGACAUGGAACAUCUUCUAGAAGACGUGGUGGAUUUGUUUCACCCAUUGGGCGCGAAGAAGGGCGUUGACGUAAUUUUGGACCCGCAUGAUGGUUCGGUUAUGAAAGCUCCUUGUGUGAAAGGCGACCGUGGCAAGCUCAAGCAGAUUUUGAGCAACUUGCUGAGCAAUGCGCUCAAGUUCACGUCAGAAGGACACGUCAUCGUUCGGGCCUCGGCACAAAAACCGGGCCUCGGGAAUGCAUCGGGCCGAAAUAGUACCGUGAGCUGCAGUUUUAUGCUCUGUUGGCUGUUUGAGAUCGAAAAGUCGUACGAGUCGGAUACGAGCGCUUCUAUUCAGCGGGACUCGAAACGCGUGGAGUUUUUGUUCGAGGUGAUUGAUACUGGAAAAGGAAUUCCGAGAGAGAAACAGAAAUCGAUUUUCGAGAACUACGUUCAAAUCAAGGAGACUGCUUUGGAACAACAAGGCACUGGUCUAGGCCUUGGCAUAGUGCAAUCCCUGGUUCGUUUAAUGGGUGGAGAGAUAGGAAUUGUGGACAAAGAAAUCGGCGAAAAAGGGACUUGCUUCAGGUUCAAUGUGUUCUUCAGCACGUGCGAGUCGAGUAAUGCGAAUCCACUGGAUAUUGAGGCAAGUAACUGCAGCUACUUCUCAAAUGAAACUACCCGUUUUCUGAGUCCCAAAACCGAGAGCUCCCACGUUCUGCUCUUCAUGAAAAGCACCGAAAGAUGCAAAGCCAUCAAAAGAUUCAUGCAGAGGCUCGGAAUCAAAGCUGACGUCAUCACCCACCACGAAAACCUCUCCCCAGCCCUCAAGAGAAUCAAACAGAAACUAAGCCUUUCGAUUCACACCUCUCCCAGUUCGCAUACUUCAAGCACAAGGUCAAAGGAAGUCCCCAUGAGCAAUUUGGAGGGCUUGGAUGGCCCGCGGGCCCGAUUUUCAAAUUUUGUCUUGUUGGUGAUAGAUUCACGCGCAGGCCCGUUUAGGGAUAUCAGUCGGGCUUUGGCUGAGUUCAGGAGGGACUUAAGUGGUAGCUUUUGUAGUAGGGUCGUAUGGCUCGGUUUUGAGGGUGGCUCGAGUCUCCAGGGGCUUGACGAGGACAAGCUGCCAGCUUCGGAUUUAGUUAUAUUGAAACCGCUUCAUGGGUCUCGUCUGUACCGAGUUAUUGGCCUUCUGCCUGAAUUCGGAGGGGAGAAUUUUGAUAGCGAUGUCGGGAGAGUCGAGAGUGAGAAAAGUUUUAUCUGUGGGGAAAGCAAAAUCGAGGAAGUUGGAGGGCCUGAUGGAAAAACGCCGUUGAUGGGGAAGAGAAUAUUGAUUGUGGAUGAUGAUUCUAUAGGACGGAAGGUAGCUGUGUUUGUGGUUUCGCAGCUUGGUGCGCGUGUUGUUGUGACUUGCGAAAAUGGAGAAGAAGCUUGGAGAUUAGUUCGGGAGAAGCUCGAGAAUGGAGCAAAGGAUGAUUCGGUUCCUUUUGAUUGCAUAAUUAUGGAUUGUGAGAUGCCAAUGAUGAAUGGGAUUGAGGCAACUAGAAGAAUCAGGGAUGUGGAGGGAGUAUACAGUGUUCGUAUGCCGAUUAUGGCGUUGACUGCACACGAUAAGGGAGAGGAGAUAGAGAAGAUGGUUCAAGCUGGGGCAGAUGGUUAUUUAACCAAACCACUCAACAGAGAAAAAUUUUUGAAAGCUAUGUUUGAGACCAAGGGCAACAGAUAA